AUGGCCCAAUCCGUCGCUCCCGGUGACAUCACCACCCAGCCCGGCACGAAGAUUGUCUUCAACGCCCCCUACGAUGACAAGCACACCUACCACAUCAAGGUCAUCAACUCUGGCGGUCGUCGCAUCGGAUGGGCCUUCAAGACCACCAACAUGAAGCGCCUCGGUGUCGACCCGCCGUGCGGAGUUCUUGACCCCAAGGAGCAGGUCUUGGUUGCCGUCUCGUGCGACUCGUUCCAAUUCGGAGCCGAGGACACGAACAACGACCGCGUGACGAUCGAGUGGACGAACACCCCCGACGGUGCCGCCAAGCAGUUCCGCCGCGAAUGGUUCCAGGGUGACGGCAUGGUCCGCCGCAAGAAUCUCCCCAUUGAGUACAACCCC